AUGCCAAGGCUCAACUUGACCGCCGUGACAGAGUUCACCUUUGAAGGUUUUUCCGUUUUGGGGUGGCAGCACAGACUCGUUCUCUUUGCGGUCUUUCUGGCCUUGUACCUGUUGACCCUCGCCAGCAAUGCCAUCAUCUUGACCGUUAUCCGCCUCAACCGUCAACUUCACACACCCAUGUACUUCUUCCUGAGCAUACUGUCCAUCUCUGAGACCUGUUAUACAGUGGCCAUCAUCCCCCGUAUGCUGUCCAGUCUCCUCAGCCCCCAACGAGCCAUCUCCAUCCCACACUGUGCCACUCAGCUCUUCUUCUAUCUCGCCUUCGGCAUCAACAACUGCUUCCUGCUCACGGCCAUGGGGUAUGACCGCUACGCGGCCAUCUGCAACCCCCUGCGGUAUUCCGUCGUCAUGGGCAAAAGGACUUGUCUUCAAUUGGCGAGUGGCUCCCGGAGCAUUGGCCUGAGCACGGCCAUCAUUCAGGUGUCGUCUGUGUUCAGCCUGCCCUUCUGUGAUGCCAACGUCAUCUCCCACUUCUUCUGUGACAUCCGGCCCCUGAUGCAGCUGGCCUGUGCUGACACCACCAUCAAAGAACUUGUCACCUUGCUCAUCAGUCUGUGUGUCCUUGUUCUGCCCGUGGUGCUGAUCGUCAUCUCCUACGUCCUGAUUGUCUCCACCAUCCUCAAGAUCCCCUCUGCCCGGGGCCGGAAGAAGGCCUUUGCCACCUGCGCCUCCCGCCUCACGGUGGUCGUCGUCCACUACGGCUGCGCCUCCGUCAUCUACCUAAAACCCAAGUCUCACGACUCCCUGAAGGACAGACUCAUCUCCGUGACCUACACGGUCAUCACACCCCUCCUCAACCCUGUUGUGUACAGCCUGAGGAACAAAGAAGUCAAGGAUGCCUUGCUCAGAGCUUUGGGCAAAAAUCCUCUCUCUUAGGUGCUGGUCGGUCUCCGUAAAAGUCAACAGUUUGCUGAGGGGUCGCAGUGAGAGAGUGAGUCUGACACCAGGCACCCGGUACCUGAUCCGGGCAGCAGCUAGGACUGAGAGGGCUACAGGAACGCGAGGAAGGAAAAGAUGAACGAGGGGUUGAUGGAUUUCCCAAGACCAAUAGGGGGGCUUCUCAGGCUUGAUGAAAACCAGGCAAGAUAAAGCAUACUCAGGAGCUGUGCUGUAACGUUAGUCCCUGUUCCUGUUACCCUUGGCAUAAGGGACUGGAAACUGGUAGUGAGGGUGGGAAGAAUAUAUAGUAUCUAUCACAGGAAUUUAUGGGAUCGGAACUUGGCCUCGGCAUGGAAAUCGAGAGCACUGAAAUAACAAGUUCUCCAUUAUUUACACCUAA